CUUUGUUUAGAUUAUCGGACCAAUCAGAAUGUCGACUCCAUGACUUGGUAAGGAUGAAGCCCCUUGUGGUCAUAUUUGGAGGAGCAUCCUGACCCCCAUUAAUGGUUCAUAUGGAUGAUAUAGUGGACAUGAUCGAACGGCAUCGUGAUUUUGCUGAUUUCGUGUUUAUCUACAUCCAUGAGUCUCACCCAACAGAUGGCUGGGUAUUCAAUGACAUCAUCAAAAUAAAACAACAUGCGUCACUUGAGGAACGAUUGGAUGCUGCUAGACAUUUAAAAGAGCGCAUUCCAUGCCCCAUAUAUGUUGAUUCUAUGGAAAACGAAGCUAUGUGGAGUUAUGCAGCUCUUCCAGAUAGACUAGUGAUCGUUAAUAAUCAUAUUGUGGAGUUUAUUGGAAAAGCAGGACCUUUUGGCUUUAACACUGCUGCUGUCUGUGAAUGGAUAGAUCGGCAUAGAGACUAGAUCGUGUACAACUUUGAUCCAUUUAGCUUAUUGGAAAACCUGGACCUUUUAGCUUCACCAUUGUUCAUUGACUGCUCGUGUCUGAAUGUAUAGUUUAGAGAGAGACCAGACAAUGUUAAACUAUAAUUUUUUCUUUACCGCUGUUGAUGUCUUUAAAUGAAUGAGCACGGGGUGGACCAAAGGUCGAUAACUAUGAUUUGUUUGCAUACAUAAUAUCAUGGGCUUCAACAUAUUCUAUACUGGUAAUUAUGUAUUGUAAAUUGUAUCUGAUGUCUAACCUUUUACUGAUUUAUUAUGGCAUUAUGUAUUACUAAUUGUCGCAACGAGCGAACGCUGGGGAUAUAUUAUGAAGCUCUUCGUCCAUCUGUCCGGAAAAUAACUCGAAUACAGUACUAGAUUACAGUUGGUGGUUUGCCUUCAUAUUUGGUGGAAAGAUGAAUAUUGG